UAAACUGACGCGACUAAAUGGGGGCGCACUGUUCCUUCAGUAAAAAUCAUGCGAACCCGAUGUCUAUCACAGAGAUCUAGACUUGCAACUAGCAACACAGAGUGCCGCGCAAAUCAUUGCAAUACCUUAUCGCGGUACAGUAAUAACUAAGUUUUUUAUAGUUCGCGUCGCUUGCCUUGCGUUGUCUCUCGUCGGUGGCCAAGGUAUUGUCUGUGAGGUGGAGCGGAGCGCGGCAGUGCGGUACCGUGUGGUGUCCAGUUUCAGUUCGGAGACCUGAGAAAACUGCGCAGCAGUCAGAGACUGACACGGAGUUACUGGACUUUUUGGAUAGCAGAACACAAACUGGGAUUACUCCGAAUUUACUUUUAUUUCGGGAGGGGGGUUACUGAACCACAAACAACAAGACUUACCUUUUUAUUCAGGCUGAUUGAGACUUGCAGCUUCGCUCCUGCUAGAUGAACGGGAGUAGUUGGGGACUUCACUUGGCGUGUCUCUCCGAUGCGAUUGGCUCACGGCCCAACAGCAAGUGAGCGACGCACCACCUCCCCAUGGCUCCGCCCCCAGAGGGUCGUCCCUCCCUUACCCAGCAUGCCGUGCUGCUUCUGCAGUGCAUGCUGUUCCUGCGGGCUGGGGGUGUGGUCGGCAGGAGAGGGCCAGUACUGCUACAUGAAUCUCCCUGUCACCGAGCGGAGCAUCCUCUCAUUUCACACACAGACAUGGAGCCGUGGAUCCACAGGUUCCAAGCUGAGGGCACGGUGGAUUACUCUCAGCUAACCUUUGACCCCAGCCAGAAUGAACUGAUAGUUGGAGCCAGGAAUCAUCUGUUCAGACUUAAUCUGGAGGACCUCUCCUUGAUCCAGGAGGCGGAGUGGCACUGUGAUGAAUUCACUAAAGGAGCCUGCUUCAGCAGGGGAAAGUCAGAGGAAGAGUGUCAGAACUACAUCAGAGUGUUGCUGGUUAAUGGAGACAGGCUGUUCACCUGUGGAACCAACGCUUUCACACCCAUCUGCACCAAUCGCACUCUGACCAACCUGACAGAGAUCCAUGACCAGAUCAGUGGAAUGGCCCGGUGUCCCUACAACCCUCUCCAUAACUCCACAGCCCUGAUCACCUCCAGUGGAGAGCUGUAUGCUGCUACAGCCAUGGACUUCUCUGGAAGAGACCCGGCGAUCUACCGCAGCCUGGGGGGGCUGCCUCCUCUACGCACCGCGCAGUACAACUCCAAAUGGCUCAAUGAGCCUAACUUCGUCUCGUCAUAUGAUAUCGGGAACUUCACCUAUUUCUUCUUCCGGGAGAAUGCGGUGGAACAUGACUGUGGUCGAACUGUGUUCUCGCGUGCCGCCCGGGUCUGUAAGAAUGACAUUGGAGGGCGGUUCCUAUUGGAGGACACCUGGACCACGUUCAUGAAGGCCCGGUUGAACUGUUCUCGUCCAGGAGAGAUACCCUUUAAUUAUAAUGAACUGCAGGGAACAUUCUACUUGCCAGAGUUAGAACUUCUCUAUGGGAUCUUCACUACUAAUGUGAACAGCAUAGCAGCAUCUGCUGUGUGUGCCUUCAACCUCAGUGCCAUCACCCAGGUCUUUAGUGGACCCUUCAAGUACCAGGAGAACUCGCGCUCCGCCUGGCUGCCCUACCCCAACCCUAACCCUGACUUUCAGUGUGGUACCAUAGACUAUGGCUCUUACGUGAACUUAACAGAGAGAAAUCUGCAGGAUGCCCAGAAGUUCCUGCUGAUGCAUGAGGUAGUUCAGCCAGUCCAGCCUGUCCCCUACUUCAUGGAGGACAGCGUCCGCUUCUCCCACGUCGCUGUGGAUGUGGUGCAGGGCAAGGACAUGCUGUUCCACAUCAUAUAUCUGGCCACAGACUAUGGCACCAUCCGGAAGGUCCUUUCUCCUCUGAACCAGUCCACGGGCAGCUGUCUAUUGGAUGAGAUUGAGUUGUUCCCGCCCAGGAAGCGACAACCAAUCAGAAGCCUCCUGAUUCUACACAGCAGCAGUGAGCUGUAUGUCGGUGUCAGGGACCAGGUAAUCAAGAUACCACUGAUGAGAUGCAACUUCCACAAGACAAGAGAAGCAUGUGUGGGGGCCAGGGACCCGUACUGUGGAUGGGACCGGGUGUUAAGAAGGUGUUCCACUCUGGAGGACAGUGUCAGCAUGAGCCAAUGGGAACAGAGCAUUACUAAAUGCCCCGUGCGUAAUGUGACGGUGGAUGGAGGGUUUGGGUCCUGGUCGGGUUGGGGUGCCUGUAGCCAUACUGACGGGGGCAGCACUGGUUCCUGUCUGUGUCGGACGCGGGCCUGUGAUAACCCUGCACCUCAGUGCGGUGGUCAGUCAUGUCAUGGACUCAACGUGGAGGUUUCCAACUGCUCCAGGAACGGAGCGUGGACACCUUGGACUCUGUGGGCUCCCUGUAGCACCAGCUGUGGCAUCGGUUUCCAGGUCCGACAGAGGUCCUGCAGCAACCCCACCCCGAGGCACGGAGGACGCGUUUGUGUUGGGCAGAACCGAGAGGAGAGGUAUUGUAACGAGCACUUACCCUGCCCCCCACACGUGUACUGGUCGGCCUGGUCAGCUUGGGAGCGCUGCACGGUGCCCUGCGGUGGAGGCAUCCAGUCACGUCGCAGGACCUGCGAGAACGGCAACGAGUGCCCAGGGUGUGCCCAGGAGUACCAGUCAUGUAACACUGUGCCAUGCCCUGACCUGAAGAAGACCACCCCCUGGACUCCCUGGACACCCGUCAACAUCUCGGACAACGGCGGUCACUACGAGCAGCGGUUCAGGUAUACCUGUAAGGCCCGUGUCCCUGACCCCGCCUUGCUGGAGGUGGGCCGACAGAGGAUCGAGAUGAGAUACUGCUCCAGUGACGGCUCCACGGGCUGCUCUACUGACGGGGAGCUGCUCCGGUCGGGUAAGAUCUCCGGCCACACAGUGAACGGUGGCUGGACGUCCUGGAGCUCCUGGUCUCAGUGCAGUAGAGACUGCAGCCGAGGGAUUCGUAGUCGAAAACGAACGUGUACCUCUCCUGAGCCACGUUACGGAGGACAGACCUGCCUGGGACCUGCCCAGGAGUACCAGGAGUGUAACGUCACACCGUGCCCAGUGGAUGGUAGUUGGUCGUGCUGGUCUGGCUGGUCUAAGUGUUCAGUAACCUGUGGAGGGGGUCACUACAUGAGGACGCGCACCUGUAAUAACCCCCCGCCGGCCUACGGAGGAGACAUCUGUCUUGGCCUACACACUGAGGAGGCUUUGUGCAACACACAACCGUGCCCAGAGAGUUGGUCUGAGUGGUCUGAGUGGUCCCAGUGUGACAGCGCUGGCUCCCAGGUGCGUGCCCGACACUGUGACGUCCUGUUCCCUACUGGAAACCAGUGUUCAGGAAAUCACACAGAAACCAGGGUCUGCCCGCCUGACUCAAACUUUUUACCAGAAGUCUCCAUUGCUCGCUCAAGUCGGGAAGAGAGAAGAUGUGGAGAUUUCAACCUGUUCCACAUGAUCGCUGUGGGUCUAAGUAGCUCCAUACUGGGAUGCCUUGUCACCUUACUGGUUUACACCUACUGCCAGCGCUAUCAGCAGCAGUCUCACGAUGCCACGGUCAUUCACCCCAUCUCAGCAGCUCCCCUCAACACCUCCAUCACCAAUCACAUCAACAAGCUGGACAAAUAUGACUCAGUGGAAGCCAUUAAGGCUUUCAACAAGAACAACUUGAUUCUGGAGGAAAGAAAUAAGUACUUCAAUCCCCAGCUAGCCGGGAAGACCUACACCAAUGCAUACUUCACGGACCUCAACACUUAUGAGGACUAUUAACCCUUUGUUGGGCCACAGCACCAGGGAUACACACCCUUGUUCACACAAUACCACACCACUAUGACCUAUUUUGGCCCCCUUUGUGGUUCGCAUAAUCAAAUAUUUGACAUUUCAUGACCCAUUCGGCAGCUGCCAUCCAAUCAAAUUACAGCCGCAGUGGGAUUCACUGGGAAACAACGAAAACAAAAAACAGUACUUGACUCUCGAGAACACGGGGAGAACUGGAAUUUCGAAAAAAGGGAUAAAAAGUUAUAAAAAAAAAACGAAAUCUAAAAAGAAACUGUCUGAAUGGGAUGGAUCCUGUGAACUGUGUUUCCAGCACGGGAACGGUUCUGGUGGAAGAAAACCAGCCACUUGCUUUGCAUGAUUUCAUCUGAUGUGUUUUUUCUGUCGCUCUGUUCAGAUAUGCAUGGUUGGCCUUCUAGGCGGGCCAUUCACUGGUUUGUAGCCUUGGGACUGCUUUGUCUGCUAUGCUAAGGUCCUACCAAGGACCCAAAAGGGGUAGUAUUGUUGAAAUCUGAUUAAUUUGACGGUAUGUAGUCAAGUGCUUAGCGUACCCAGGGGAGCUGUCACUCAAUAGCUACCCCAGGUCGUUGUGGAUUCCAACCAAUUACAUCAGAAUUUUAGACUUUUGUUAAAACCUAGUGCUUUUAACCAUCUACCAUUAAGUAACUAAAAAGACUACCCUUUUUGUUGAAAAAAGGGUGUUGGUUAUUCAGAUAAAGACCACUUUCAGGAUGUAGAUAUUUUAGAGAUCCAGUAUGUUCAUGUUUCUUUCUGUGCUGGCGUUGGUGUAGCAGUUAGUGACGUUUCGAAUUGAGAUACCCUAACAGUGUACAAUAUUUUAGCAUUUUGUUGAUGUUAUUGUAUAGUAAGCUCAUUUUGAAGCAUAUGUCCUUGUAGCUUUUAUAAGUACAUUUACUCAAUGUCAGUGGUACAAAUAAUACCUUUCUUUGUUUUUGCAAAGAAGUAAUGAAAUCAUGCAAGUAAAUGAGACAUUUGAGAAAAAAAAUGCCAGAAAUCUGUAACUAGAUCAUGAUUUAACUGUCUCCAUACUUUUGAUAUUUGUUUUUCAAUUUUUAAGUUGUUUUCUUGAUUUGGUUCGUGGCUAUACAUUACUUUGUUGGGCCCUGGGUUUUAGUAAAGUGGUACUAUUCAAGAUGAUAGAUCUCUGUUUUGUUUAAAGAUGAUAUACUCCGUAACUGAGUAAAAUAUCCAGUAUGUUGGUUUCUUUGAUGUUUUCAAUUGUAACUAACUAUUUUUUUUUUACAUGUUUGCUUGUUUUACUGUGCAUAAAUUAAAAACUGCUUCGUAUCCUU